UCCUAUCCCCCCCUUCCUUCUCCAUAGGCAAUGACUGACUGAUUGACUGAUUGGGCCUUUACUACGAAAGGCUCCUGCAGUCAGAAACUCAGGAAACCAGUCCCAGGAAGCACCAGGCCUACACUGAGAAACGUCCGCACAUCAGUCCCUAGUCGCUCCUCGUUUAUUCACAGCAGCACAACUGGACUGAAAGAAGCAGGAUAUCCAGAUUUGUAAUUGUUUACCUCUGGAGGUCAGCUGAGGCAUUAACCUUACCACUGCGAUCAGAAGGAGACUGAGACUGAACUAUUUUCGGCAACCGUGGAACGAGGAGCACAAGGAGCACAAGGAGCGACUGCAUGAUGAUUGAGAGUGACAGAGAGCUGUCGGCCAUGGUGCAGGAGAUAUGGGACAACGAUGUCAGCCGACUCAAACCUGGAAAAGACUACAGGAUAUCUCUGCAGGGCAAAGCUGGAGACAACAUGGGCAGCAAUGACAACAAUGAGAGAGCAGGACUUCCUCUGUUUACAUUUGUCAAUGAGAAUAUUUUCAAAAAGGAGACGUUUUUAGCCUUCAUCUCACUUCUGGAUAACUAUGAAAGUGACACAGGUGUGCCAGAGAUUGUAACCCCUGAGGAAGUAGCCGAGAACCACAGGUUCCUGGACGCCAUCAUUCAGACUUCCACUAUGAAGAUAGCUCAUAAAUACCUGGUGGAGAAGCACCUCUCUCCUCAAGAUGAGACAGAAUUUAAGGAGCAGCUCUACAGGAUCUGGUUUGAACUCUAUGCAAGGAGAGGAUCCAGUAGGCCAGACUCUUCAGGGUUUGAACAUGUGUUUGUCGGUGAGACAAGAGGAGGCCGGACUGUCAUCGGUUUUCACAACUGGAUCCAGCUGUACUUACAAGAAAAGCUGGGUCACAUUGAUUACAAAGGCUACAGUGUCACAGCAAAUUCUCCUCAGCCCGACGAGUACAAACACAUCCUGGCGUUACAGUUCAGCUGGAAAAACGGCAUAAAGCCCAAGGGCAGCAUCUUCAUCGGCGUCAGUCCCGAGUUCGAGUUCGCCCUUUACACUCUCUGUUUCCUCACCUCGCCAAAUGAGCGUGUCAAAGUGCAUUUCAGUUUCUAUGACGUGGAGAUUGUCUGUCACCACUACAACCAGAAGCACAUAGGCACCACCUACCCUGUGCUACUUAGGUACAGGAAUCCUCAGUAAGACUUGAUUGGAAAUCAGUCCGAUAUAUUGCCUCUCCAACACUUGAUGUUACAAAGUGUCACGGGUACUGUUGGUGUCUUUUUGUUUUACACAAUAAAGACUUCCAAGACCCAUU